AUGGCUGAGAAUCUCGCUGCGAAAUUGUGCGCGCUGAUACCAAAUGAAUCUGUAAAAGUUGGAUGGACAGAAGAAAAUCAGACUCUUGAUGAUUCAUUAUCAUCGCACUCGGUAUUACAUCAUUUUCCAAGUGUGCUGAAUAUCGUCCAAGCGACAAUAAAUCAAAAUCACACUUUGCUUGGAUAUAUAGUGAAAGAAACAAUAAAAGUAUCCAAAGAAAAUGAAGAUCCAGAAAACAAAGACCAGAAUGAAGAAGAAAAAAAAGAUCCUCUGUCAGACGCUUGUUUAGAUUCUGAAUUAGAAGUCUAUCAAGCUUAUAUCCUAGAAUUAGAGUCAGACGACAAGAAAAUUCAUACUGUGAUUACCGAACGGCGUAAGCAAGUUCGUAUACAAUUUUUAUACAAACAAAAGCGUCAGACAGGCUUAGACAAAUUUAUAGUAUUAAUUCAUCACGAGUGUAUAGUAAUGUACACUGCGCUGUUCAACAGUUCAUCUGAUAUAGAUACAAUCAAGGAAUUAAAGUCCGAGACCAUUGUAAGAACGUUUACUUGGGCUCAGUGGGACUCGACGAACCAAGUGCUGUACCAUAUCCACAACCGUCGUGCUCCAACUAGUUUAGUAACUGAAGAAGACAACGAAAGUCGUUCUAAAGCAACAAACUCUUGUCCAACUCUCAGCGGUUUGCAAUUCCACGAUGAAUUACCACACGAAACGGUGCUAAAUAUCCCAUUAAAUUUACCCCGACCGCCCAGCGCAGACAAUUGUGGGACUUACGAAGAUGAUGUGAUUCCUCUGAGGGUUCACGACUGCUCCCUGGACCUGAUUGUGAUUUCAAAUUCUAAGGGGAUGGUCUGUGUAUGCCAUCACUAUCUCUACCGACCGAUCCAGCCGCCUCAACACGUGCUCAACGCAUCGCUCAGCGACUCCAAUACAGUUCACUUUGCUUACUCGGUGACUUUGCUCCAUCACAGCUGCGUUAUACACUGUGUCGUGCCUGGAAUUCCCUGGUCUCAAGCUAAGCUAAUGCGUCCUACCUUCGCUAUCGCUGAAGACUACAUGGUAGUCUUUGUUCAAGGAUCAUUUACGCAUUUGCUAGAAAUUGGAGCCAGUCACGAUCCAAGCUGUCAUAUUCUUUGCGGAUCUUUGCCAACUAUUUAUUCUCAUGCUUCCUACUUGGUACCUCUGUUGGACCUUAAUAGCAAUAAAACAGUUGCUAAUAAAAAGUCAGGUUUUUUAGAAGCUCAGGACGUCGCUAAUAUUAUGACAAUAGAUUUACCAACGCUAGAUUUAAUUCCGCUUAAAGUCACUGCUGAUUUUUUGAUAGACGUUUUUAAGAAAGAGUCUUCUGUUCACGUACGACUGGGAAUUAUUCAUUAUUUUAUGUGCCACAAACACGAUCUAGAAAUAGUUGCUGGACUUAUAUCGAUAAUUGCCGAGAAACCUCGUGCUCUUGAUGUCGUAAAAUUCAUGCAAGAAAUAUUAAUUGGUAAUUCUUACUCUUUGGUGCAAAAAAAUUUACUUCCCGAUGCAGUCCCGCUGUUGUCUCUCCUUCCUAUCACAACUGUCGAAGAAUGCGUGGGGUAUGACGCUAAAAUUGGUGAGUUUAAUAUAACACUGAGUCAUGAAAAGUUAUGGAACACAUCUGUGAUGCUGCUGUCUCCUCAGCAGCGAUUGGUACCCUACCGAAGUGAUUUAUGGACACGAUUAUGGGACAAUCUUGGAAAACGAAGCGAAAGCAAGCCCAGAUUUAAAUUCAGCCAGAUAACUGAAAAAUUAUUGGUGUCUUUGGCGUGUUAUCAGCCUGAAGUACUGUCCAGAUCCAGUACGCCAAUGUCACCAAGUGGGGGAUUAGUUUUAGCUACUGGAUCUUUCGGUGACUUGAUGAGCAAUCGCAGUAACAAAAUUCUGGACUCUGCGCUACCGUUUAUAGAAGUGGAAAAUUGCACUGCCUCACGACAGGAGCAUAUUGUAGCGGUUAACCUACGGGAAUUAUCUAUGUAUCUGUUGAAACAUGCUACUAAUGCUCCGGCAACUUCCUAUGUGGCCUGUUCACCUCUUCAAGUUCACGCGAUGGCUACUAGACACAUUGCGGCUCAGCUAGAAAGCUCAAGGUCACUUUGUCAGAUGCUUUGUCGGGCAGCUAAUGUUGAUCCGCGGCUAGAACAAGAACGUGGCUUUGUUCUUAUAGAUCAAUUAGAUGAAAUUAGAAGAAAUUUACUUUUUACUCUACUAGAGCGCUAUCGUUAUGCUAUUGAAAUAAUAGCGUUUCCUGUACCACAGGGAUUUUCAUCAUUUUUUACAUAUCUAGGAUAUCGUAGUCUUAAGUAUCCAAUGUUUUUACAGUACGUUGAACGUUCUUUACACUUAUUAUCACUUUUACCGAGAUCUCGCGCAAAAAGACUGUUAAAUCAGUGGCUACAUCCCGUAAGCUUUAUGAUACGAGCUCGUGAGCAUGCUGGAAAUAUUUUAUCUGGUGAAAUAUGCCAGAACCGCGGAAGAACUUUACAGCAUUGUCACCGACAUAACGGGCUUGCCGCUUUUCCUUCAGCAGAUCGUCUAUCACCUCUCGAUACUUUUCUUGAUUUGUUAACUGCUAAAGCAAGUCUUGCAGAAUUAGAUUUUGGUUUGCUUAUAGAAGCAACUGUCACUUCCACUGAAGAUUUUCUUUAA